AUGGAAAGAGUUGAUUAUAUUGAAGACAGAGUUAAUAAAGAGAGCAAAUUCAGAAGAGAUGGCUUUAAGACGCUCAUAAAUGAAAUAGGUUCCUUGAAAGCAAUGCUUCAACAAGCAUUGGAGAAUAAAGUUGAAGGCAAAGACACUGAGACUGUCCAGGACACUAAAACUACUCAUACAGAGCUAGAAGAAAAAGUUCUGUUGUUGACAAAUGCCUUUAUUAAAGAGAAAAUAUUAAACAAGCGGUUUCGGCGGAAAUUCCAGAACUACAAAGACAAACUGGAAGAACAACUUGUCAGCGGAAAAGUAUUUGCCAAAGCAGAAAAAGAUUCAACAACAUCUGAGAAUUAUGAGGGGGAGUGCAACUGCUCGAUUUCAUCAUGCCCAGUAAAUAGCACACCUUCUCCCAAUGAAUCGAUGACCUCUGACAAGUCUUGUUUAGAAUUGUAUGAUAAUGGAUUUAAGUCUAAUGGUAUAUACAAAAUAGAAAUAGAACACAAAAGAAAAGUUUCCAUCUACUGUGACAUGACUACUGAUGGUGGGGGCUGGACAGUAUUUCAACGACGCCAAGAUGGCUCUGUCAACUUUUCCCGAUAUUGGAAUGAAUAUGAAACUGGGUUUGGCAACUUGACAGGUGAAUUUUGGCUCGGAAACAAAUAUUUGAAUCUACUAACUGAUAAUUAUGAACAACAUCAACUGAGAAUCGAACUAGAAGAUCAUGACGGCAACCGUGCCUAUGCCAAAUACAGCAGUUUUAAGGUUGGAUCAAAGAGAAUAAACUACACACUGGAAGUGAGUGGUUACACAGGAAGUGCUGGGGACUCAUUAGCAAACUCAAAUUUAUAUGGCCCACAUGAUCAAAUGGAAUUCACGACCAGAGAUGCAGAUAAUGACAAAUACGAGGGUGGUAACUGUGCUUCGGACUGGGACGGUGGAUGGUGGUUCAAUAAUUGUUUUGAUUCGAAUUUAAAUGGACUCUAUCAGGGCCAGUCUAAAUGCGAAACUGAAUGGAAGUGCAUUGUCUGGAAUACAUGGAAAGGUGCACAUAGAUCCAUGAAGUUCACUGAAAUGAAGUUUAGAUAAGACAAUGAUUGUCAAACUUCAAUAUCUUUAAAUGGAUAUUGUACAGAGUCUUUUGUUAUUUAGAUAAUAUUUGUCUUUACGGAUAAUCAUUUUGUCAUUACACAUACCAAAUUGUUUUCUUUACGUGUGUGUUUGAAAUGUGUAAGUGACUCAUUUACUUUUUUGUCAGACAGAUAAGAAAUUCAUUCUUAAAUUUGUAUUCUGUAUUUAUAUAAAACUUACUGACAUAAUGCAGUUUUGCAUCGUAUCUAUGUAUUUUACAAAAUCAAUGUUUCAUCCUGAAACGUGGAUAUUCCACAAAACCUUUUUUUUCAGACUAUGCAUCACGCCAUAUAAUGUUAUAAUAUAUGUUCUUAAAAUAACCUAAAUUUCGAAACCGCUCAUCAUCUUUUAAUUUAUUUUUUAUGUUGGUUAGUGCUUUUUCCCCUUUAAACAUGAUUUUCUGAAAAUAGAAUGGAAGUCAUUUAUUGUUACUUUCAAACAUU